CUUCCUCCUCUUCGAGCCUCUCCCCGACCCCCAUUCCCUUCCGCCCCCCGCCUCCCCAGCCCGCCGGCGGCUAUCCCCGGCGGCCAAGCUGUCUCGCCGCCGCCCCGCCUGGCACUGGCACCUACGGCGUGGACCCCAGCGAAACCACGUGGCCGCCUAACCCGCUAUAAAUCCCCCACCCCCGCCCGCUUACCCACCGCAGAGAUCACACACAAUUCACUCCAGCCCCUUGCCACCGCACUCGAAAACCUCUCUCUUCCUCCCUGCAAGAGUCUCCAGGAAAGAAAGAGAGGGAGAGAUCGAUCUUGCGUCGCCAAGAUGUUCAUCGAGAGCUUCCGCGUGGAGAGCCCGAACGUGAGGUACGGCGCGGGGGAGAUCGAGUCCGAGUACCGCUACGACACCACGGAGCUGGUGCACGAGAGCCACGACGGCGCCUCCAAGUGGGUCGUCCGCCCCAAGUCCGUCAACUACCACUUCAAGACCAACACCAACGUCCCCAAGCUCGGGGUGAUGCUCGUGGGGUGGGGCGGCAACAAUGGCUCCACACUCAUGGCUGGGGUCAUCGCCAACAGGGAGGGGAUCUCAUGGGCGACAAAGGACAAGGUGCAGCAAGCCAACUACUUUGGGUCCCUCACCCAGGCCUCCACCAUCAGGGUCGGGAGCUACAACGGAGAGGAGAUCUAUGCACCCUUCAAGAGCCUCCUGCCCAUGGUAAACCCAGAUGACCUUGUGUUUGGGGGCUGGGAUAUUAGCAGCAUGAACCUGGCUGAUGCUAUGACCAGGGCCAAGGUGCUGGACAUUGACCUGCAGAAGCAGCUCAGGCCCUACAUGGAGUCCAUCGUGCCGCUCCCCGGCAUCUAUGACCCGGACUUCAUCGCUGCCAACCAGGGCUCCCGGGCUAACAAUGUCAUCAAGGGCACAAAGAAAGAGCAGAUGGAGCAGAUUAUCAAAGACAUAAGGGAGUUCAAGGAGAAGAACAAGGUGGACAAGGUAGUGGUGCUUUGGACGGCAAACACUGAAAGGUACAGCAACGUCUCUGUUGGGCUUAAUGACACGAUGGAGAACCUCUUGGCGUCUGUGGACAAGAACGAGGCAGAGAUAUCUCCAUCGACACUGUAUGCCAUUGCCUGCGUCAUGGAGGGUGUGCCGUUCAUCAACGGGAGCCCUCAGAACACCUUUGUGCCUGGGCUGAUCGAUCUUGCCAUUAAGAACAACUGCCUGAUUGGUGGUGAUGAUUUCAAGAGUGGCCAGACUAAGAUGAAAUCUGUCUUGGUGGAUUUCCUUGUUGGUGCUGGAAUCAAGCCCACCUCAAUUGUCAGCUACAACCAUCUGGGGAACAACGACGGGAUGAACCUAUCCGCACCGCAGACAUUCCGUUCCAAGGAGAUCUCCAAGAGCAACGUGGUGGAUGACAUGGUCUCGAGCAAUGCUAUCCUCUACGAGCCCGGGGAGCAUCCUGACCACGUCGUCGUGAUCAAGUAUGUGCCAUACGUUGGAGACAGCAAGAGGGCCAUGGACGAGUACACCUCGGAGAUCUUCAUGGGGGGCAAGAGCACCAUCGUGCUGCACAACACCUGCGAGGACUCGCUCCUCGCCGCACCCAUCAUCCUUGACCUGGUGCUCCUGGCCGAGCUCAGCACCAGGAUUCAGCUGAAAGCCGAGGGAGAGGACAAGUUCCACUCCUUCCAUCCGGUUGCCACCAUCCUGAGCUACCUCACCAAGGCACCCCUGGUUCCUCCUGGCACACCGGUGGUGAACGCCCUGGCGAAGCAGAGGGCGAUGCUGGAGAACAUCAUGAGGGCCUGCGUCGGCCUGGCGCCCGAGAACAACAUGAUCCUGGAGUACAAGUGAGGAGCAUGGCCCAAGCUCGCAGGGCCGAGAGCGACCGUACGUAUGUAGCAAGUGGCGGGGGGCGACGGGAGGGCAGGAGGAAGAAGAAGGCGAGAUCGGCUGUGCAAUUAUUUGGCGGCUUGUCUUUAGUUUCCUUUGCGAUUCUUUCCCUUGUUUAAGUUUACCCUGUAGUGUGUGUGUGUGUCCUUGCGAGACUAUUUCGGCUCUCUGUCUGGUCUCUGCGACUUGGUAGCUUCUCAUGGGCUCCAUGGUGUUGGAUGAUGUGGAGGGAGGAGGGUUCGUGUUAGCUAAGUUAGUCCACUCCCUCUGUUCGUGUUUUGUAAGUUAAUUAGUAGUAUGUGUGCUACUAGUAUAUGGAACUUUAAAUCGGUUCACCGGCGA